AUGGCCAAACCACCACCGGUUGCCAGCCCUCAUGAUGACGGGCAGGCCACACCACCUCCUCCUCCAUCAACUCAACCUGGCCUCGCCGCUCGUCUCAAAGCCUACUUCCGCCCCGGCACCUCUUCCUCACCCCUCGAACGCAACCUCCUCCUAAAAAUCGACUUCUUCAUCCUAACCUUCUGCUGCCUCUCCUACUUCCUCAACUACCUCGACCGCACCGCCUUGUCAAACGCUUACGUCAGCGGCAUGAAAGAAUCCCUUUCCUUUCGCGGUAACCAACUAAACCAGAUAAAUACUUGUUUCACCAUCGGCUAUGUCCUUGGUCAAAUCCCCAGCAAUUUAUCGUUACACUACGUUGCUCCAAGGAUAUUCUUCCCGGGUAUGAUGGUGUUGUGGGCUGCGCUUACCAUGGUCACGGCGGCGGCGAGGAGGCCGGGGGAUAUCAUGGCUAUUAGGUUCUUUCAGGGGAUAGCGGAGAGCACGACGUUUGUUGGGACUCACUACAUACUGGGGAGCUGGUAUACUGAGAAGGAACUGGGGAAACGGUCGGGGGUGUUCACGGCGAGUGGAUUGGCGGGCACGAUGAUUGGGGGGUUUGUGCAGAGUGGGAUUCAUGGGAGCAUGGAUGGCUUAAGGGGGAUGGAGGGGUGGAGGUGGUUGUUCAUUAUCGACGGGAUCAUUACAUUGCCUGUGGCCAUCUAUGGGUUUUUGUUGUUUCCGGAUACACCAAAAACGACGAGGGCGCCGUAUUUAAGUAGGGAGGAGAGGGAGUUGGCUGUGGCGAGGAUGGUUAAGCAGGGGGAGCCGGAGGUGUCACGAGCUUCGAACGAUACCUUGGUCGAUAACGAAUCUUCGUCGCCGUCCGCCACCGGCCCGGACACAUCCACGGAACAAGCCACGAAGCAACAUGAAGCUGACCACAAGCCCACCUCGCAAGCACAUCCGGACCCAACUGACUCCCACGAGUCCCGUCUCGAGCCUCAACCCACCGCAGCCUCCGCCACCGCCGCCACCGAGUCCUCCCUAACCCGCACCCACCCUUUCUCCCUGAAAUUCCUCUGCUCCCUCUUUUCCAGCUAUCACUUCCCCUCUUUCAUCUUCCUCUGGAUCCUCGCCGGAGAAACCGAGUCCUUCUCUUCCAACGCCCUAUUAUCUCUCUACCUCAAAUCCCACCCUAGCAACCUAUCCCCUUCCCCAUCCAGCCCUUCCCCUCCACCAAAAUACACCGUUUCCCAGCUCAACAACUACCCCACGGGUGUCCCCGCCGUCGGAAUUGUAUCAACCCUCUUCUUCGCCUUCAUCACCGACUUGUACCCAAGUCACAGGUCAAUAGUCGGUUACUUUAUCGGCAUAAUCGGCCUUUUAACCCCGUCCCUCAUCCUCUCCGCCCAAAAAGGACACUUCGGUCCUCCAGCCGGCCAGAGGGCCACAGGCGUAGUUAUGGCCUCUUACUACCUAGCCGGCUCAGUCUACGCGUGCCAAGCAACGUUCUUCGCAUGGGCCAACGACGCAAUGACGCGGGAUGGCAAAGAGGCCGUGUUCAGGGGAGUCGUCCUGGCGGGCAUGAAUCUGGGGAGUAAUGCUGUGAAUGCGUGGUGGAGUAUAUUGUUUUAUGGAGCGGGAAUGGCGCCGUGGUUUGAGAGGGGGAUGUGGGCGAUGAUUGGAACUAGUGUGGCGUUGGCGGGGUGGACGGGGUUUUUGGAGGGGAUGGAGAGGAGGGCUAGGAAGAGGAGGAUGAAGGAGCGGGAGGUUGUGAAAGAGAGGCAGGAGGCGGGGAGGAUACGGGGCGGAGAGGGUGGUGAUGAGCCGGUGAUGGCCGACGAGAAGAAGGGGGUGGCUGAUGCGUGA